UUUGUUCUUUGACUCGGGCCUACAAGAACAGCUGUGUCCAACGUUGCUCAUUUUAACCAUUGUCCGUCUCGAACACCAUCCUUACUCUCAGGAAACCUACAAUACUCCGUUCUGCACCCAAACCUACUCCCAAACGCCAUGUCUACAACGCAAGACUCCACACCACCACCAAACUCGACAUCCUCACUCGACGUCUCCCAACCCGCUGACCUGCUUACCUACCUAGCAAACACGCCCUUCGCAAGUACACGAGUCGAACCACUCUCAGGAGGGUACGGUAACUUCAUCUUCCGACUCCACCUCGUCAAGCCGUUCGCUGCAAGCACAGGAGAAAACCUACAGACGGUGAUAUUGAAACAUGCAAAGCCAUGGGCUGCGAGUGACAAGUCGUUUGAUCUUGCUAUUGAGCGGCAGGCAACCGAAGCGACAGCUUUGAAGCAUGUACGCUCGUUCCUCCCAGUAGAUGCUCUAGCAACGGUACCAGAACUGUACCUCCACGAUCCCGAAGCACACAUCAUAAUCAUGGAGGAUGCAGGACCAAGCGCACGAAACCUGAAAGAUCUCCUACGUACAGUUCCACUUAACGAGGAAACCUCGCGCGAGCUAGGUGCUGCGAUGGGUCGCUUCCUCGCUGCAGUGCACGUUCACGGGACCGCAGAUACUGCACUGAUUGAGGCGACGCAAAAUAUCGAAGAUGCAAGGCGCAUUACCGCUUGGAUCACGUACGGUAGACUCGUCGAUUCGCUGAAGGAAGCAGGAAAUGGCACGACACUCGUCGAUCCACCGCUUGUCGGCUCCGAAGGCGUCUCCGAAACACAGCUUGCAGAGGUGAAAGAGCUAGUGGACUCCACGAUAAAGAAAAUAUACGAUGCGCGCACAGAUUUCACCAUGGGUGAUUUCUGGACUGGUAAUAUCGUCGUACGGUUAACCCCAAACAAGGCGAUCGAGCGCAUAUUCGUGGUAGAUUGGGAAAUAUCGAAGCCUGGGUUGCAGUUCGCCGACUUUGCUCAAUUCGCAGCUGAGAUGAACACACUAAGGCGUUUCCAUCCCGAAGCAGAGACUAGUGUAGUCACGGCAUUGAGCGCAUAUAAAGAAGCAUAUAUACAAGGUAAAGAGGUCGACGAGCAGUUCCUGCGAUCUGCAGCUUCGCACCUUGGUGCUCAUAUGAUCACGAUUUCACCAAGAGUAGAGAAUUGGAACGGUACCAAGGAGCAAAUCAGGGAAGUUGUAAAGGAAGGCGUUGAAUAUCUGUUGGGUGGUAUGAACGGUGAUGUACAGUGGUUGAACUCGUCUGUUGUAGGUUCCUGAAAUUAUUGAUGCAUGGGUUGAAUACCUAGUUAUUGCGUACAGAUAAAUUGGUGAAAAUAAAUUAGAUAGACUUGAGCGUCGCCAGUCCGGGAGGUCAUCGAGUAUACAUUGCCCGAGCCCUCCUCAGAGGUAUAACCUCCCAGGCUCGUCUCAAGCCUGUUGCUCGUGUUAGCCCUGUUUCAUUUUGUGGGACCGUCAGAACAGCAACUCUGCGCAGUAGUUCUGGAGAAUCGUCAGCCUCUUCCCCUUCUCCCCUAUCCUCUUCCAGGACCUCGUCUUCACGUAGAUCAAUGUCAUUAUUCUGGACAUCCUGGGUAGUUGCUUUAGCUGUGCCACCUCCAAAAAUAGAGGUAAGAGGAGACAGCGGGUUUGCGAUUACAGAGUUAAUUGCUUCAGAAGCGUCGUCCAACAGUGUGCGGGGCUUGCGCAUUGGCACAGAAGAUAGAAUGUAAUUCCUCUGCCGCCAUGCAUUGGACGCGGGAACAUGCGGAUCAUGAGGAGGAUAGGCAGGAUCACAUUGGAAUCGCACGAGAAUUUGCUUGGUUGAGGAUGAAUACCAAAAUUGUGGGAGAGGAUGGGAGAACGCAUUUGGGUAGGGGUGAGCGACUGGGCGUCUGUGCCGCUGGACCAAGCGACCAUCCUGGACGUCGAUCGCAUGUCCUGUCAGCCUUGAGCACAGAGAGCCGGAUGUAUCGAUAAAGAACACCUGGUUAUCCGCCUCGGGUCUCCUGAAACUUUCUACUAUAGACGUUUCUUUCUCCGGCCACAAGAUAAUCUCUGCUCCAUCGUCGACGCUGUCUAGUUCUACAUCAAGUACUCGACCAGUUGCCACCGAUUUGAUGACAAAAUACCCAAAAGGAAAGCCAAAAUUUGACUCUGCUGCUGCUGAGGAUACAG